AUGGCUGGAGGCAACAUCAAGGUGGUGGUGAGGGUGCGGCCUUUUAACAGUAGAGAAAUCGACCGCGGCGCAAAAUGUAUCGUGGAGAUGAAAGAUACCCAGACCGUCCUCACCCCUCCUCCAGAUGCUCCUCAGGGGAAGAAUUCCAAGGAUAGCGGCCAGAAAGUGUUCGCCUUCGAUCGGUCGUAUUGGUCCUUCAACAAGGCCGACUCGCAUUAUGCCGGACAACAUCACUUACACGAGGACUUGGGAAAGCCGCUGUUGGACAACGCGUUCCAAGGCUACAAUAACUGUAUUUUUGCAUAUGGUCAGACUGGUUCUGGAAAGUCCUACUCGAUGAUGGGCUAUGGCAAAGAACAUGGUAUCAUCCCUAUGAUUUGUCAAGACAUGUUUGAACGAAUAGGUGGCAUUACGCAGGGGGACCCCAACACGCGAUGCACCGUCGAAGUGUCGUACCUGGAGAUCUACAACGAGAGAGUAAAGGACUUGUUGAACCCGGGCACCAAGGGGAACCUGAAAGUCCGAGAGCAUCCUUCCACUGGUCCCUACGUCGAAGAUCUUGCAAAGCUCGUCGUCGGUAGCUUUCAGGAAAUCGAGAAUCUCAUGGACGAGGGUAACAAGGCCAGAACCGUCGCCGCCACGAACAUGAACGCGACAUCCAGCCGAAGUCAUGCUGUAUUUACACUGAUGCUUACUCAGAAGACGGUCGACACCGACACCAAGAUGGAAAUGGAGAAGGUCGCCAAAAUCAGUCUGGUCGAUCUCGCGGGUUCCGAACGAGCGACAUCGACGGGAGCCACAGGAGCGCGUCUCAAAGAAGGUGCCGAGAUCAACAGAUCGCUGUCCACGCUCGGUCGUGUCAUUGCUGCUCUCGCGGAUCUCUCCACUGGCAAGAAGAAGAAGGGCGCCGCCUCACAGGUACCUUAUCGAGAUUCGGUCCUCACAUGGUUGCUGAAGGAUUCCUUGGGUGGUAACAGUAUGACUGCAAUGAUAGCAGCUAUCAGCCCUGCUGAUAUCAACUACGAUGAGACCCUGAGUACGCUACGAUAUGCCGAUUCCGCCAAACGAAUCAAGAACCACGCUGUUGUCAACGAGGAUGCCAAUGCCCGCAUGAUCAGAGAGCUGAAGGAAGAGCUGGCUCAACUCAGAAGCAAGCUUGGGGGCGGCGGAGCCGGUGCUGUGGGCGGAGUUGCCGUGCCUGCAGAUGAAGUCUACGCGGAAGGCACGCCCCUCGAAAAACAGCUGGUCACGAUUACUGCGGCGGACGGCUCCACCAAGAAAGUUUCGAAAGCUGAAAUCGCGGAGCAGCUGAGCCAAAGCGAGAAGCUGUUGUCAGACCUUAACCAGACCUGGGAGCAGAAGAUGGCCAAGACCGAGGAGAUUCAUCAAGAACGGGAGGCUGCCCUGGAAGAACUCGGUAUCAGCAUCGAGAAGGGAUUCAUUGGGCUGAGCACCCCCAAGAGGAUGCCACAUUUGGUCAACCUGUCAGAUGAUCCUCUCCUGGCAGAAUGUCUCGUCUACAACCUGAAACCUGGUAUCACAACCGUUGGUAACGUCGAAUCCGAGACCAAUAGCCACCUAGGAAUCAGGUUGAAAGGAACCAGAAUUCAAGCUGAGCAUUGCUCGUUUGAAAACGCUGCAGACGGCACUGUCACACUCAGUCCCAGGGAAGGUGCGGCUGUCAUGAUCAACGGCAAGCGCAUCACCGAGCCCCAACAGCUGCACUCGGGAUACCGCGUCAUUCUUGGGGAUUUCCACAUCUUCAGAUUCAACCACCCUAUGGAAGCUCAGGCUGAGCGAGCAGAGAGGACGGAAACGCAACGGCAUAGUCUUUUGCGCCAGUCGAUCACAGCCAGCCAACUGCAGUCGCUCGAACGAACAUCGCCAACGCCUAGUCCGAGACUUCCACAUGAGCGGAGCUGGAGUAAAGCAGGAUCCGAGAUUGGUAGUGACAGCCGUUCAGACUCGCCCGCGCCACGCGGCCGUGAUACGGACUGGUCCUUUGCAAGACGAGAAGCUGCAGGCGCCAUCCUCGGGUCUGACCAGAACCUUUCAAACCUGACAGACGAGGAACUCAAUGCCCUUUUCGAGGACGUACAGAAAGCCAGGGCUGAACGUGUCACUGGGAAGGAAGGAGAGGACGAUAUGGAAUCCUUGGCAUCAUAUCCCGUCAGGGAAAAGUACAUGUCGACUGGUACGAUCGACAACUUCUCACUUGACACCGCUCUGACCAUACCGUCGACACCGAAACAAGGCGAUUCAGACGACAAGAUGCGCGAUGCUCGUGAUGAGAUGCAGACUCAACUGGACAAGCAGAAGGAGGAGUUCCAUGAGCAGUUGAGGGCCGCGCAAAUAGCGAACGUCGAGGUUGAAGAAAUCAAGAAAGAGAAAGCGCACAUGGAGGAGACCUUGAAGAAGAUGAAAGAAGACAUGCAGAAACAGCUCGAGGUACAAAAGCGCGACUUCGAGGCUAAAAUCGAGAAGCUCGAUCCCCUGAAAGGCCGAAAGCAAACCCAAAGCUUUCGGACGAUGAGAUCGAGCUGGCCAAGAAAGUCGUAA